GUUGUGGACAAACGGUACAUAUUUGUUGAUGAGUAUCACGUUUAAGUUUGAUCGAGAUUUGACUACACAGAAUAUAUACUUGUGCACAUAUGAGCCGCGAAAACCUAACGGACUUGCCUCGUCAUUGUGGGAUGUGUUCAGUGGUUCGAGUGACAACAGUGAUGGUCGAUGGGUGAACCAGGGUGAUUCGGUAGCAAUUAGAUCUGACGAAAUGGCACAGUCCACAGAAAAUUCAUUGGAUCCAUCGCCAAGCAGACAAAGAAGACAACAAGGGUCAACAUUAAAAAAUGUUACCCCGUUAACUACCGCUUACAGAUCUCCAGUAAACGUUUAUGGCUUACGGGUGGAAUAUUCGGAUGCAGCAAUAGACUACAAUGAGGAAGGAGUACCACAGUUAUUAGUUCAACGAACUGCAUUAUUUCGUUUGUUUGGUAGUGAUUGGACUAAUAAAACAAUAUUUGUUCUUACGGAAAAAGUUGGUGAUAGAGGUGGUCCGUGUGAGUUUCCCGUUGGAGAGAUUGAAGAAGUAACUGUUUUUCAAAACAAGCCAAAUACAGUCCAAAUAAAUAUAACUUUGCCGCAAGCCAGUAAAGCCGGUACGGUAUUCUAUUUCUGUUCAAAAGAGAGCGAUAAGACUGACGCGAUUUGGACACAUAUGGGUAGCGAAUAUUAUAAACAAAUGGGAGUGUACGAAAAAAUGCUUCCUUUCUGGCUGCAGGUUGCUAUAAUUCUCACGUGUCUUUCUUUCUCGUCUCUUUUCUCCGGUCUAAACUUGGGUCUAAUGUCAUUGAAUCGAAUGGACUUGAAGAUCAUUUGCAAUACGGGCACAGACGCAGAGCGAAAGUACGCCAAAGCUAUUUUACCUGUGCGUAUUCACGGUAACUACUUGUUAUGUAGUAUUUUGUUGGGUAACGUCAUGGUCAACUCGAUAUUUACCAUUCUGUUGGAUGACUUGACGUCCGGCUUAGUGGCCGUCAUUACUUCUACAUUGGCUAUUGUAAUCUUCGGUGAAAUUACUCCACAAGCUGUUUGUUCACGUCACGGAUUAGCUAUUGGUGCUAAAACCAUUUACGUCACGAAAACCGUAAUGGUGCUUACUACCCCGCUAUCUUGGCCCAUUAGUAAGGCUUUAGAUUGGGCGCUCGGCGAAGAAAUCGGUAGCACUUAUAACAGGGAACGUCUCAAAGAAUUAGUCAAGAUGACCGGUGACGAAUACAACGAUUUGGAAAAAGACGAAGUUAAUAUAAUUUCUGGAGCCCUCGAACUUCAUCGUAAAAAAGUCGGUGAUGUAAUGACCAAAUUGGAGGACGUGUACAUGCUGUCAUAUGAUACUAUAUUGGACUUCGAAACCGUCUCAGAAAUCAUGAAAUCUGGAUACUCGAGGAUACCCGUGUACGAGGGCAACCGUCAGAAUAUUGUUACUAUGUUGUAUAUCAAGGACUUGGCGCUAGUCGAUCCCGACGACAACACAUUGCUUAAAACGCUGUGCCAAUUCUACCAGAAUCCAUGUUAUUUCGUAUUUGAAGACACCACACUCGACGUACUAUUCAAACAGUUCAAAGAAGGUAUUAAAGGUCAUAUGGCAUUUGUUCAUCGUGUAAAUAAUGAAGGCGAAGGUGAUCCAUUCUAUGAAACCGUUGGUAUCAUAACACUGGAAGAUGUAAUUGAAGAAUUGAUUCAGGCUGAGAUCAUGGAUGAAACUGAUGUUUACACCGAUAACCGUUCGAAACAACGUCGACAACAACGUUCACUUAGAGCUCAAGACUUUACAGCUUUUGCCGAGCGUAGUGAAAACCAGCGUAUCCAUAUUUCUCCACAACUUACUUUGGCCACAUUCCAAUUUUUGUCAUCAAGUGUUGAAGCUUUCAAAACAGAUAUUAUAUCAGAAACUAUUUUAAUGCGCUUGCUCAAACAGGACGUGAUAUUCCAUAUAAAAAUGAAAGAUAAGGAAAGAUUUAAGUCUGAUCCGGCCAGUAUCAUUUAUCAGCAAGGCAAACCAGUCGAUUACUUUGUGCUCAUAUUGGAAGGACGCGUCGAAGUCACCGUUGGCCGUGAAAAUCUUGUCUUUGAGAGUGGGCCAUUCACGUACUUUGGAUCACAAGCUUUACACCAAAACAUCGGAAUCGGCGAGUCACCACCAUCUGGAGCUAAUCCGACAAUGGCCAAUUCUACUGUAAACAACAUGGGCAGUAUACAGUCUGUGAACAUCGAUGCUAUGUUGCGUUACACUUUUGUGCCAGAUUACUCGGUGCGUGCGGUUACUGAAGUGAUGUAUUUGCGUGUGAAACGUUCGUUUUACAUGGCAGCAAAACGUGCCACGCUCAUGGAACGUUCUAAGAAAAUGUCAAACGCCGGUGAAUUCGAUGAAGAAGUAGACAAGCUGUUCCAUACUUAUGGAGACGAAGAUCGAAAGAGUAUACAAGGUUCUCCUGACGUCACUAGAAAUGCAUCUCAGAUAAUUCACCGUAAAAGUUCGCUCGUCCCCCUCAAGUCCGAAGGGCGUUCGAGUAAUACAAAAAGAAACAGCAACGAGCUGUUUAUAUGAGACAACAGUACAGCCAUCAACGAUUUCGGCCAAUGCAGCAUCUCUUAACAACGGAGAACCUAAUCAACCUGUAGCUGUAGCUUUCUC